GUACGGCAGUAUGCUUAUGUUUUAAUUUUUUAUUUUAGUUCUUUUUUUAUUAUUAUUUAUUUUUAUUUAGUACACGCUCGCGACUGUCAGAAAACCGGAAAGAUCCGGUUGAAACGGUGGAGAAAAAAAAAGGUCGCCCUCUUGUGUGUUGUUGAGGUAGCGUCAUUUACGCUUAAGAAUAGUUGGAGAAAAUAUCAUUAAUAUAGUUAUGAACAACCUCAAACUAAAGCCCACACUGGCCCAAAGGCAGACAUUGUCUUCACUGAACCGUCAGAGAAACAUAAGAUUUGGUGAAGCUUCUUUUGAGCUUUUAUCAGACUUCCUGAGCACCUUGAACAACCAAAACAAGUCUAACUUGGAGAAUGUGUCAAGUGUGUGUGGGAAUUUUAAAGACAGAAGAGUAGUUGAACAUGCAUUCCUUAUUUGCGAGGAGUUUAGACUUGACCCUUUAGUGGCUUAUCAUGCCAUUGAAAUACUAGAGAGAUUUAUGCUGAAGCACAUGGAGAAUUUAUUAUCUCAGCAGAAGACUGAGGUGUUUGACGGCAACGUGUGUGCAGCCCAAGGAACCCACGAAGAACUCGUCUUUCAGAGUCUGAGAGACAAAUUCAGCCUCUUCAUUAUUUCAUGCAUGCAAAUCGCCAGCAAAGUAACUCUACAUACCAACGUGAUUGACAACAGUUCUGCAUUGAGAUACCUUCAGCUGGUUGGUGCUGACUGUCCCAAAGAGAAAAUCUUAGAAUCAGAGCUUCUCAUCUUGAAAACUUUGGACUUCAGAGUGAACGUACCAAAUCCUCUGUCAUAUGCGGAGACUCUCCUAGAAGUUCUUGGACACAAUGAUCCGACUACACCUGUUGCACACCUGCAUCACCUGUGCAGGUAUGUUCUUCAAUUUGUUUACCUGCAGAGGGAGUCAAUCUACAGCUCUUUACUUAUGGCUGUAACUGGAUGUCUCAGCCCCUCUCCAGAUCAACGGGCCAAGUUUGUGUCUGUGACUGAAGACUGCAUGCUGUUAGGGGUUGGAGUGAUUGCUGUGGCUGCUUUCAUCUACCAAACAUCUGCUUGGGAGAAGGUAGUGGAGGAGCUCACUCUGAUCACCGGUAUCUCAGCAAAGAGCAUCAUGGACUUUGCUCAUGUGACCCUCAUACACAUCACCAAGAACAAAGUAAAAUAGCCCUAAGGAAACAUUUGAUCAGAGUUUAUGUACUACAGAAAUAGCUAUGGUUCCCUCCAAAUGCAAAAAGUAAAUAUCGCAAUGUCCCAGCAUUGUGUUAAAAGCAGCUCAAACGUUAGAACUUAUGGUAAUGGGCAGAAAGUUUAAAUAUUGAUAAAAUUCUAACAUUUGGUAACCAAAGGUGAUUUCAUGUUUUUCAUUGUACAGUUAAUCUACAUUUGAUAUUUUUGGUGAUUUAUGAUUUUGCAAUGCAUUGUUCCAGUUUUUAAUUACAUGCAGAAUAAAUUGAUCAGGUAGAUUUUUAGGCACAGGAUUUGAAAUCAGUGGACAGUACUGUUGUCAUGGUAACUCCUUACUGGGCUCAGCUCCUGACUUGAACUCUCUGAGCUUGAAGUCCAGCCAGAGCGCCAGAGGGGUCAGUGUCCAUUUUUUUCCUUUGUUUCUUUCUUUUCUUUUUUUUUAAACCAGUGUUUUAAUUUAGCAGUAGCAUGAAGCAAUAAUCUGCCCUCAGAAUUGAAAAUGUUUAAUGACCCAUACAAUGCAGCAAAAAGUGUAGAUUGUGUUAAAUUGGUCUGUGUAGACAGUGAUACUCCAUUACGUCAAAGUCAGCCAAAUAUAGUUACACUCAUUUUACCAAGCUCCGCACUGACACUCCAGCACCUGCACAAAGAAUAGACAUGUAUAUGAAAAACAAAACCCACAGCUAGCAUACAUACACAACCAUGGUAUAUGAUAUCAGUUCAUUGGCCAUUUGUCUAUAGCUUUUAGGCUGCUUGAUUCUUCUGUUUGUAGUCACUCACAAAAGGACAUUGCACUUAAUGUUCAUUUUAUUUUGUCCUUCCAUAUUAAACCAUUAAAUUGCAUUUCGGGAACAGUUGUAUCCAGCUGCAGUCCCACAGACCAAAAAAGCAAGUCCUGGGCGGAAGAGUGAGGUCCAACUGUAGACCAGUCCUGUUACUGGGCAGAAGUCCCUGCUUGGUCUGAAGUGUGAAUGAAUCUGGGAGAACUGAAGUUUGCACACCGAAGGAUAGAGAAAGUGUGGAAGUGAUUCAAUGAUGCUAGCCUACAUUACCUGCUAAAUUAAUGUUAGCUAAGUUGGAUGACUAACUAGCCGGCUAACUACUGUUAACCAAUACACAAGUUUGCAGUUAAUAGUUAUGUAAAUGAUUAUGAGAUUACAUCAGACCGUUUAUAAAUUAUGUGUAAUUUAGCUAGUCAAAAAGCUUAUUAAAAAUGAUGUUACUAAAAACUUCAUUGCCAUUGAAUAAUGUUACUAUAAAGUUUGAUUAUCAUUCAGUAAUUUCCAUCACUUCUCUAUUCAAACUUUAGCUUUCCUGCAUUCUUUCAUCCAACCACAGGUCUCUGCCCGUCUCAACUGUUUUGAUUUGAGUCACAUGUAUGCCUUAGUGGCGGCUGGUGGUUUUUAAAAUAGGGGAAGCACAGAUGUCUGUUACUGAAGUAUAUAUCUGUGUGUGUGUGUGUGUGUGUUUAAUCUGUUUCAUCUGCUGGUCUGGCCUGCUGUUUAAUUCUCAGUCUCUCCUCAUACAUAACAGCAUCAAAAGAUUUUUAGUUACGAGAUUCAGCCCCUUUGAGAGAUCUCCCAAUCAUCAUACGGAGAAGCUGUGCACCCAGGCAGGAUAAGGGAAGCGUGCACUGUCCAAUAAACAUUGAGAUUUUUUUUUCUAUGUAAAACCUACCCGUCCAUUCACUCAUUGACUCCCAGUGAAGCUGUGUGUCUGGGCAGGACCCAAAAUGAUAUAUUAAAAGCCUGUUGUCCAAUGAGCUUUAGUCUUUGCUCCCAUUAAAACACAGUGUACUGUGUUAGAGUUCUCUCAGCAGGGCAUUUCCGGGAUUUUAAACAAGAUUUUCACACAGGCUGCGCUGUCCACUGUAAACAGUUUGUGUUAAAUGAAUGAACAGCUCGAUAUUGAAGUGAGAUAUUUGAUAAUUUGAUUUGCUAACAUAUUAAAUUUCACAAAGAGUGAUGAAUAAUACAGUCACAUUUCUACAUUUUAUAUAUGAAACAUUUCAUUGCUGCAUUUUAAUGUAAUUUUACAGCAGUCACCGCUGGUAUCCAUAUGUAAGGCAGAAAAAUUGUACUAGCUGACAUAAACUAUUUUAUUAUAUGAAAAAGCAUUAAGCAGGCUAAGCAAAAUUAUUUGAAUUAGUAUAAGAUGGUAAAACCUAAAACACUAACGUGCGACAAAGCUUAGACAACACUAUGCAAGAGCCAUUGAUUAUGGCUCUUUAUUAAA